CCAAUGAAAUAUCGGCAUACAGGUAACGUAGGUACAGCGGGGAGGAAGAACGGAGAUUGAAGGAAGGAAGGUCCUUGGCUUUUGCGAGGGAUCUCAAUUAUGUUCUACAAAGUCAGGUUAAAGAUAUAUUCUGAAGAAGAAAAACAUUCAUAUCUCCUCUUCAUCAAGACGUAGAUUUAUCCUUUUGACUUAGAAAUUAAAUCAACAAAUUCAACAUGGGACUGAAAAGAAAAUUUGAUGAACCUGCAGAAACUGGAAUUUUUCAGCGACAGUCAAUACUAGAUAUUUCAAUGUUCAAACUGCAAUCAAGUCCUGUGAAAAGAGUUGAACCUUCGCUUUUAAGAUCUGUUCUCAUUCUCAAUACACUGAAACACAUUGAAGUUGAACUUCAAAAAGAUGGAGUGCAGUCCAGUUUACCUGACAGUGCUUCUUUUUCACUAGAUGACAAUUCUGACAUUUCAAUGGACAUUUUACCAGAUUUACAUGCAACUCAUGAUCAUAUAUUGCAAAAUGACACAAAUGUGCUAAAUACAUCGAAGGCAACCACAAGUCCACUACCACCAAUAGAAACUUUUGUAGAACUAUCCAAUGUUUCUUGUACUGGACCGAAUGCAUUGAAACCUCAUGAUGAUAGAACAAGGUGUGAUAAAAGUGACUUUUUCCAAUCUCAUCAGUUUCAUUCAGCAUCACCAAUAAAAGUGGAAGACAUGUUAGCAGAUUUAGAUUUCUCACAGACAGAUUUUGACAUUUUCUCAACUCUUGCCUCAAGCAUGAAAUUGACACCUCUUAGUGCUGAAGAAGUUAUACAUUCGUUCCCUGUUCACUCAAAUGUCAUCACAGAAAGUUAUGCAUCUUUGUUCAAUGCCUCAGUAAACAGUUCUACAUGUAAGGGUGAAGUUCUUCCAGAAGAAAUUGAAAAUAUAAUGCAAAUUCUUGUAGGGACAUGACACAAAAACAUUUGUAGACCAUAUCUGUAGUGUGUCAUUGUUCACAGUGGUGCCGGUAGUGGUUGUGAAUCACAUCCAUGCCAUAUUGUGCAAUUCUCAUAUUAAUUUAAAAUCAUUAUGACAUGUUAUGUAUAGACUGUUGAGAUUUUAUAUUUUGUUGUUUUUGAAACAUUAUAAGAAGGCAUCAGAGUACUGCCAUAUAAAGACACAUCUUAAUUGUGCCUAAAAUUCAAACCAGUUUAUAAAACAUUCCAAACCAGUUUGUAUUUUUUUAUGUACUACUGUUAGUUUUAUACAUGUGCAAGUACAUGUAAGAUGCAUUAAAUUGUUCUUGCUGAGAAGUGUAAAAUAAUCUACUUUUCAUAUUUUUGUACAUGUGAUUAUAAAUGGACGAGGUAGUUGCUUAUCAAAGCCUUAGUCAGUGCUCAUGCCUUGCUGUUACAUUUACAAUCCAACUUUACAUUUGAAGUUGGGAUUGAAGUUUUAAUCUAGAAGUAUUAUCACAAAAGUUGUUAUACACUGUAUUUAAAGCUUAAUUGUGCAUUUUACAUGGCACAUACAGUUUUUUGUUCAAACUGAGCUAUUGUAUACUUCAGGUGCGUACAUGUAGAUGGUACACAUUUGUGUGAUAUGGUAAAGUACAUUACAUUUUGUGUCUUUGAAAUGGAAGAUAGAUAAUAUCUAUUUAGAAAGUGCUUAAAUUUAAAUGACCAUAAGAGUAAUGAGAUUUGAUAAAAGCUCAUUUAAAUUUAACUUGUAAAAACCAACAUAUGCUUUAUGAACAAAUGAAUUUUAAAGACAUUUUUGAGGUCAUGUGUAGAACCUACAAAGAAAGCCCUAUGAAGAUAAUGGAAAAAAAUUCUAUAUUCCAAGGGUGAUGCAAAAUUAUUAAGAUACAUUGUCUUAUUUCACUGGUUAUUCUGAAAAAUUGAAACUGAUUUUGUAAAGCUGAAAUAAAGGUAAUCAAAUAACAAUUGAUUUAUUCUACUUGAUACUGUGCAAUAUGUUCAAAACUGCUGAAAUGGUCACAUGUUUUAUUCAAAAAGAAAAGUGCAUUCAGCUUGUUAAUUCAAGUAGUCAAAUCUUAUGCUUGCCUGUACAUUGCUAAUAUUUAUAAAUACAUUUGCUUUGGCCUUGUUAACAGCAUGUUUUGAUGACAGCCCUCAGAUGAAUACAUUGUAUGGGCAUAAUACUUGUUUAACCAUUGUAUGUAAAUCAAGUUCUGGGAUUUCACUUAUUGUUUUUGCAUUAAAAAGCACAAAGGAAACAGAAUUUUUUUAAUAAAUUCAUGCUACAUGUAUAAUAACUGCAAAAAUACAUGUUUAACAUUUGUACUUAACUUCAAUAUGAUAUACUUAAUGAUUUGAAAUGGAAACAUAUAGGCAAUCAUUUAAAUAAUGAUUUUUCUUGUGUUAUCUAAGGAUUAAUUGCAUAUACUAUGUAUACAUUUAAAUGUUGAAAAUCGUUAGUUUUGGAACAGAUUACAUUUUUCUUUGUAUUGACAAUUGUUGAUUUUCAGUCUGUUGCAGGCAUUCAUAAAAUGACUCAAGUUAAACAGUUCUUAUGCAGAUCUAAAUUUGUAAAUUAAAAGUUUUGACAAAGUUAAGAAUUUCAAUUGGUGCCAAAACCAUUAAACCACAGCCUGUUGCUAGUGAAAAAUGAAAAACAAAAUGGUUAAGACAUAUUAAUGUAGUUUGUAAAAAAUGUCUUUUUUUGCAGGUCAGUGUAACAUUUUUUUUUAAAAGACUGGAAUUUAAGGAGAUUUACUGCAUUUGAAAGAAGCAAUUACAUUCGGUAUACUAGUGAAUAUGAAAAUAGUAUAUAAUAAAAUAUUUGUUGAGAUUUUUUUUUUCUUGUAACUUUUUGACUCUUCUAAUUUGAAAACUAACAACCACAAUUUUUGUAUACUCUGUGAAAAAUACAAAAACCACGUAUUAAAUACAUUUGGAUCCUAAGAAUUGUUAUCUGUGAAAUACUGUAUUGACUGAAAUGCUAAAGUCUAAUAUUUUGUGUAACACCAAAUGUAUGAUUACUAUACUGAACAGAUUAUCCAUCCAUAUUACUUACAAUGAUAUACUUCUCAGUAUGGUGAAUAAUUACUGUGUCUGUAUUUUACUUGAGUUUUAAGUUGAAUUUUUAAAUCAGGGUGUUUUUACUUGUUUUUUUUAAACAAACUUGUAAUUUUACACGAAUAUUUUGUUGUGAAGUUGUACAUUUCAUUAGUAUUCAUUGGAUAUGUUUAUAAAUGGAUCAUUAUUUAUUUAUUGAAGCCAUGUUUUCAUGCAUUUUAUCAUGUUUGAGCCAAAUCAAGAAUAUUUUAUUCUUUUGAUAUAUGCAAUUAUUUAUUGUUCAUUGACAUUUGUAUGAUAAGUACUUUUAUUUAUUUUUGUACAGAAGGCAUUUGUUAAGAAUCAAAGAUCUAUGUAUGUCAUAGAAAAAAUUAUAAUAGUGUUUCUUGUUAACACAGACAAAGAUGUUUAUGAUCUCAAAGUAUAGUUAUAGAUGUAGUUUUUAAGAUGUAACCAGAGGGUAUUGAUCUGCAGCCAGGGUUAAUUGUCUCUGACCCAAUAGUAAUCCUAAAAAACUAGAGGUAGAUCACUCUAAUGCCAGGAAGUCCAAAGACUUUUUUCUUAAAUUUUGACAAGCCCAUUUUGUCUCAUAUGUGUAUAUUUAUCAUGCCUAUACUUAUAUUUAAGUGAGUUGUCAUAUUAAUAGAUUCGGAUAAUGAAGCUUUAUACAUGAACAGGGUUAAAAUAUGACCAGAUAUUGCAUAACUCCAAGGCAAAUAUAAUGUUAACUGAAAGACUAUUUUUCCGUCUCCAAUUUUUCAGAGAAGAAAAAUGAUUAAAAAUAUUUUUCUUUGUCUUGGUCCAAACUUUGCCAGUUGUGCUAAACAAGACAUAGUGAUAUUUCUUUUUUAAAGGUCAGAAUAUUUGUUCUGUUUUGACUGACAUUUAAUCAUUCCUGAACAGAAUUAGCUCCCUUUACAACUAUGCCAAGAUCUCAUCUUUAAUAUCAACAAAUAAAGAUUUAAUUUAGCACUUUUUUUGUUUUAAUAUAUGUUUUAAAAUUCAUUGUCGAUUCAGUUGAAGAAAUAGUAUCAAUUUGAAAAUCUAGCAAAUCAUAUUUUUUGUUUUAAUUCAAGUGGGGAAAAUGUAAAAAUAAAAAAGAUUAGUUUGGUAUCCCCAGAUUUUCAAAAUAAUGUGAAAUGGCAUUUGUAUUGAUAUGAUUAAGUAGCUUCUUUGCUGUGUAGUUUUCUUUUUAAACCAAAAAGUAAAACCUUUGUAGCAAUAUUCUUUUUGAAGUAAUUGAUGGCAGUUGUUGGCAGCUUGUUGAAGGGAGUAAUGUGUGAUAGAAUCGUUGAUGUGAUGUACAUCUACAGCAAUACUUUUGUAUAUAUAUAUAUAAAGGAAUAAUUUAAAACAUGUUUUGUUAAUUGUAAAUACUAUAUUAUGAAUUCUAUUACUCUAUAUUAUUAUAUUUAUAGCAUACUUAAAUGAUCUGAUUUUGUAAAUAUGUUUUUCUGCCUUGUACAUUUUGUUGAUACUAGUCAGUUUUAGUUUGCAGAAGUAGGUAGCUAUGUCUCUUUUUUGGGGGAUGGGGGACAGAUAUUUCCUCUCUAAAAAGUUGCCUUUUUACCAAAGAAAAUUACUCCAAUGUAGUACAUCCCAUUGAACAGAAUGAGUUUGAGGCUAACAUAUAAAUGUAAUAAACUGUAUGGUACAAAGGUCAAAUUGUUUAUUUGCCUUAGAAAUAUGCAUAAACAACUUGUAUUUUAUUAUUGAAGAAACACUGGUGAAAUUGGAAAGCAAUCUGUAAGAAAUAUUCAACUAUAAAAUUGUAUGAACUACCCCUAUGAUAAUAUUAACUGAAACAGACACUCUGUUUAUUGCCAUAACAAAACAAAUGAAAGGAAUACAAAUUUCUCUUUUAUUUUGCCAGUCUAAUUUUGCAUGAUAUAGGGAUUACCUGUUACACUUCCUGCCAAACUACAAAUGAGACUUUAUAAGCAAGUCUUUUUUACAAGAAGCACUAUAAACAGUACAGACAGACACAUACAUGUACCAUGACAAAUCAUUGUGAUAGUGGUAUUGCUACAUGGUACAAUGUCCCACCUAGGAUAGUAGGGGGCAUUCUGAUUCAGGUCGGUACAUUGCUCAUUUGGUCUACUGUAUCAGGUUGAAGUUUCGAUUUAAGGUAGUUAACAAUGUUGUGGUCAAAUUGAAACUUAGCACACAAAUGUUCAUUAUGAUGUGAACUUUUUAAACUAUAUACUAGUAUGCAAAUUAAUGGUUUUACCCAAUUUCACAGUUCACUGAACAUGGAAAAGUGAAAGUGAGAGGGGUACAUAUCCUUGUUGUUUUCUUUUUUAUUAAUCAUCUCUGACGAGUGUACCAACCUUCCCAAUGACUUAUCAUGAUGUGCAACAAUAGUCUGCUUCAAUGCAAUGUCAUUUUUGUAUUGAAUCUCCAUCAUUGCUCUGUUUAGAUAUAUUUUAUGCUACAGAACUUAUCAAUGUGCUGAACAUUUUUAACUGCUCUUUAUUUAUGGUUAAAUAAAAGAAAACAUUCUUAAUAAUAGGUCAGUAAAAUAGAACCAAUUCCAAACGUGAUUUAAUAUCUGUACUUUCUGAUAAACAAGUUUAGAUUUAAAUUUAAUAUAUGAAUGAUACUUAAUUUGAUUUUCAUCUUAGAAUUACAUAAUACAUGUACAUUGUGUAUGUCAAUAUUCAAACUUGUGUUUUUUUUUUAAAUAUCCUUAGGGGGAGGGAUGGGACACUACUCUGUUCAAAAUUGAUUCAAUAUUUUUUUCUAGAUAUACUGGUAUGUACUAAUGAUUACAUUUUAACUGCAAGUUAUGAAUUUAUUUUAAUUGGUUGUAAAUUGUUUUUGUAUUGAAUUUUACUGAGAAAUGAUCAACUUUUAAUAAUUUUUAUUGGGAAAAUGAAUUUCAAGGGGUAUAUACAGAUGACAACUGAAUUCUGAUGGCUUGUUUUUUUUUUUUUUGUAAGUCAACCCUUGUCUCUUUUACACUUCAUACCAUAUUCAUGUCAUUACUGUAUUAUAGAGAAAUAUUUUUGCAAACAAAUUGAUAGAUUAUAUAUGUUAAUAAAUAUUUUAUACCUUG